AUGCAGAACCAAACAUGGGGGGGCAGUUCGCUGCCAUUCCUGGCUGUUGGCCGGGUCAAGGAUAGCGUGACGCUGGCGUACUACAUAGAUCCAGAGAGCGUGGAGCAACAGGAGCAGACCCAGGAAGUUUUCCAGAAGCUCCUCAAGGCUUCAUCCCAGAAGCUUGCAGCUGGACAGAGAACUAGACUGCAGUGGAACAAUGGCAGCGUUUGCUGCCUCAUGGACGAGCAGGCUAGACUUCUAUACUGUGUUGUCACAUCGCUAUUGACAUACCCCGAGCGACAAGCUUAUCAGCUCCUGUACGAUUUCCGCGGGUUGGUCGAGAGAGAUGACGCCAACCUGGACGAAGCUGAGAAGCACGCGCUGAACGAGAAGCUGGCAGAGCAGAUGAGGGAUCUGGUCAAAAAGUACGAGGGAUUUCAGGACCCCAGCAAGCUGUCCUCAACCAACACUCCCUCUGUCAUGGACACCUCUUCCGCGCCGCUGCAUCAUCAAGACGAGAGAGAUCUCCGACAAGCAGAGAGCAAAAAGUGGAUCUUCGUCGCGUUGCUGGUUCUGGUCAUUGUGCUCUUUCUGAUGUGGCUCUUCGGGGUCUUCGGGGGGAGCAAGCCAGAGGAGACAGGAACAACGACGGCAGUUGUACCGUAUCUGAUGUAUCUGUCGUUCUGCAAACAGCUCCCGGCUGGUAGUGCUCUCAUUCACAGAGCUGAAACCUUGCUGCGAUGUGUACAGCUUAUCUUGAACGGGCAGCUACAGGAUUUCAUUGGCCGUGCGCCAACAAGGCGCAUGCCAGAUGCAACCACAUCGACAAGCUGGCGUAUGCCACGAUCUUCGCCAGGUCGCCAAAGUGCAGCGACGUGGGCUUCAUUUUCAAAGGGCUCGGGCUCGACUUUGAAGAAUUCAAGAGCAAGCGCUGGUGGCAGAAAGGAGUUGACCUCCACAUGGUCUCCUGGAAGUGCCCAUGGGCAUAGCCAUUUUCAGGAUUUGCCGAGAAUUUCAGAGCAAAUCAGGGUGUGCGUCAGAAUACGUCCGCUCACAUCUGAUGAGGCGAACAACGGCGAGCUUCCAAGCAUUGUUCCGGGUCCGCAGGGAAGCGGGCUCUUGAAGCUGCUGCUGGUUGAGUCCAUAACUUCAACAAGCAGGAUGAAGCGUGCCUCUCAAUCAAGCAUGUUUCAAAGCUUCUCGAGCUUGUCCAGGAGCUGGCCUCGGACCUGGGAGUUCGACUGGGUGCUCUCCGGAAGGGGAUCCCAGGCUGCUGUCUACAACUUGUUUGGGCAGCACUUGGUGCAGAAUGCAGUGGAAGGCUUGCACGGCUCCGUCAUUGCAUGUGGGCCAUCGAGCACUGGAAAGAGCCACACCAUCUUUGGAGGCCGUCCACAGGAGCAGCAAGGUCUUGUUCCUCGUCUGGCAGAGGGCAUAUUCAGGGUGCUGCGAGCUCGCGGUGAGAAGCACAUCGUUAAGUUUUCGUACCUGGAGCUGUACAACGAGCGCAUUCAAGACCUUCUGCGUCCUGGGAGGGCCAAAGCUCCAGCCUUGGAGGUGCGGCAGCAUCCCCGCGUGGGCGUCUUCGUGGGCAGCACUGAGCCAAGUGCUGCUAGUGCAGUCCGUCAGUGUGCAUCUCCGUGCCUUGUGACCCCUGAAAACUGCAGCUGGUUCAAGGGACGUGAGUAG